AUGGCUGAAAGAUAUAGUGGGGGACAUAAAUGGAUUCUAGUAGCCACAUACUAUUUUACAAAAUGGGUGGAAGCUAUUCCCACUAGGCAGGCAACUAGUAAAGUUGUAGUUGAUUUUUUGAUACGUAACAUAAUCACCAAGUUUGGAGUUCCAGUUAGAUUAAUAAUGGAUAAUGCAAUGUGCUUCAAAUCUGAGGAGUUUAUUGAUUUCUGCAGUGCUUAUGGUAUCAGUAUCUCCUAUUCAUCCCCGUAUCACCCACAAGGAAAUGGUCAAGUUGAAUCUAGCAACAAGAGUCUAUUAAAGAUCAUCAAGAGGACUCUAGAAAAGAAUAAAAAGGCUCGGGGUUCAAAGUUAAAGACUGCACUAUGGACUGAUACAAUCAAUGUUAAGAAGGCUACUGGCAGAUCUCCAUUUGAGUUGGUAUAUGGCACACAGGUCAGACUGCCCAUGAACAACUUCUUGUCAGUAUAUAAGUUUAUUCAGGAGCAUGAAUGGGAUAAUUCUAGAGCCAAUGGAGGAGAGGAUGGAGCUGUUUGUAUAACUUGA